AUGGCGACUUUCCUACACUCAAGUGAGUUCGUAUUUCAAUUUCCGGCGACAAGCCCCACAACCAGCCUGAAGUACGUCGACCCGUUCGAGGUCCAUCCAUUCGGAACAUCUCCCCAAGUAACCUUUCUGCUCACAUCUUCCCUUCCGGCCUCCGAAUGGACACCGGAAUUGCAGAAACAGCUGGUCACCGUCCUGGUCGCUGACGUCGGCUUUAGCUAUUAUGGAGGCACGACAGUAGUGCACGCGGGCAAUCCAACCGUGAUCUCCGGCCAACUGACGCACAACAGUUUGGAAAGAGCUCGGAAGGAUAGUCUGGCGUUCUUGAGGGAGUUUUACGGCGACCACAUCCUGGCGUUUGACGUGCAUGUGGCGGCCACACUCCGGUGUUACAUGCGGGGUGUCUACUUCGCCAUUUACAUGAUUUCCCCGGCACGGCACUCUCAUGAUGAUUAUCCUGAACCUGAGGGUUCUGAGAGCUGUUGUGAGCCAGGAUUGCAAAUGGGGGACGGUGAACAAAACGCUUCGAGUGAGAUGCAGGUGCACACGCCAGCGUGCCUCAUUUCUGACGUCAGCCGGUCCUUUUCCUGGGGCCCCUUCGAGUUCCUCGAGGUCCGGAUCUCUGACGUCACCCAAACGGGCGUCCGGCUCCACCUGCAAACGUACGGACGUCUUCCGGUGUACGUCACGAUCUCGUGCCAGGCAAUUGGACACAAGACGUGGCCGCCAGAGGAUGGAACGGCGUUUUAUACGCCAACGCUUUUGCCGGAGGAGAGGGUACGGCACUUGCCGGAUACGGACCUGAAAGAAGGGGCGGCAGUCGUGCUCACUUUUCCAGCUUCGUUUGCGGAGGGGCCGCGGCCGAUUCUUCGGUUUGAGGUGUCGAUCUUUCGCAUAAGUCACGAAGUGCCUUGUCCGCUUUUGCAUAAGGGCGCUGUGGUUGUGGAUCCUUCCGGUCCUCAGCUCGACGGGCCGCUUCGCUAUCUGUAUUUCUCGAAUGUCGAGGAGGCGGACAAACACAGGGCGGAUUCCCGUUUCCCCGGGCUUACUGCCCGGGGUUUCCCCGGCCUGAGGCCGGGCAACGGGCUGGCGGAUGAUUUGCCCGGGGUUGGAGGAUCCCUGGGCAAGGGUUCCCCGGAGAUAAGGCCGGGGAAAUGA